AUGGUGGCACAUUCCAGUUCUUGGAGCAGGGCACUCGUUGCGAUCUCGCCCUACACCUUUUCUGCCAUCGGCAUCGCCGUCGCAAUCGGUGUCUCCGUCCUCGGCGCAGCCUGGGGGAUCUACAUAACCGGUAGUAGCUUGAUCGGCGCUGCAAUCAAGGCUCCUCGAAUCACAUCCAAAAAUCUCAUUAGUGUAAUCUUCUGUGAAGCUGUUGCUAUAUAUGGUGUUAUUGUGGCUAUUAUUCUUCAAACAAAACUAGAAAGCGUUCCAAAAGAAAAUAUCUAUGCACCAGAGUCUCUUAGGGCUGGAUAUUCAAUCUUUGCUUCGGGAUUAAUUGUGGGCUUUGCUAAUCUUGUUUGUGGGUUGUGUGUAGGAAUAAUUGGAAGCAGCUGUGCAUUAUCUGAUGCUCAGAACUCCUCCCUCUUUGUGAAAAUUCUUGUCAUUGAGAUCUUCGGUAGCGCGCUUGGGCUAUUUGGAGUGAUUGUUGGAAUUAUUAUGUCAGCACAAGCAACAUGGCCAACAAAAGUUUAA